AUGAGUGCUCCACAGGAUGCUGCCCCACAAUUACCUAUUCCUAAUGAAAAUAAUGUAACAGCUGGUACUUUACAAGUACCAACGACGAUACCUUCUCAAAAAAGUGGUAUGGAUCUAUAUUUUGAUAAUGCUUUAUCCUAUAUGGGAGAUCACCCAGUAUUGACAGGUGUAGGUGCAUUUUUUGCUUUGUAUGCUACGGCAGGUAUAUAUAAAGGUGUACAGACUAAAUUAAAUGGUGGGAAAUCAGUAGCGACAUAUUUGAAAGGUGGAUUUGAUCCGAAGAUGAAUAAGAAAGAAGCUUUACAAAUUUUAAAUUUGACUGAAAAUAAUCUAACUAAGAAGAAAUUAAAAGAAGUCCAUAGAAAGAUUAUGUUAGCUAAUCAUCCAGAUAAAGGUGGUUCUCCAUACCUUGCAACUAAAAUUAAUGAAGCUAAGGAUUUUAUUGAAAAGAAAGGAAGUUUAAGCAAAUGA